ACACACAUGGGUACGGCCGGACCCCCCUCGGCAGGACUUGGGCACAGUGGGGGAGACUGUCCCUGCUCCUCCCAGCCACCUUCUCUCUUCCCUCCUCAGCAGCUGUCAGCGUGGAGAACGCAGAGCCAUGGCAUCGCUGCUGUGCAACGCCCGCAUCCAGCUCACAGACACACUAGAGCAGAUGCAGCAAGGGACCCUGAUGCGCAAAGUCAAGUCCAAGAGCUGGAAGAAGCAGCGUUUCUUCAAGCUGCAGGAUGACUGCAUGACCAUCUGGUACCAGUCGAAGAGGACAGGCAAAACGGAGUCUGCCUUCUCCAUCAGCGAUGUGGAGACGGUGCGGGAAGGGCACCAGUCAGAGGUGCUGCAGAGCCUGGCCGAGGAGUUCCCCCCUGAGCGCUGCUUCACCAUUGUCUUCUAUGGCCGUCGUGGCAACCUGGACCUCAUUGCUGGCUCGGCUGAGGAGGCGCAGUGCUGGGUCCAGGGCCUGCGUCAGCUCAUUGAGGUAGCCACCACCAUGGACCAAAGGGAGAAGAUAGACCAGUGGAUUCGUGACUGGUUUCAGAAAGCUGACAAGAAUAAGGAUGGACGCAUGAACUUCAAGGAGGUACAGCGUCUCCUCAAGAUGAUGAAUGUGGACAUGAAUGAGGAUCAUGCCCUGCGGCUUUUCCAGGAUGCCGAUAAAUCAGAGUCUGGGACACUGGAAGGGGAGGAGUUUGUGCUCUUCUACAAGGCUCUCACGCAGCGUGAGGAGGUGCUGAGCCUCUUUCAAGAAUUCUCUGAGGAUGGAAAGAAGCUGACGCUGCUGGAGCUGGUGGAUUUCCUGCGGCAGGAGCAGCUGGAGGAUGAGGGCACAGAGGAGAUGGCCAUGGAGCUCAUUGACAAGUAUGAACCAUCAGAGACAGCCCGGGUUCGCCAUGUGUUGAGUGCUGAUGGGUUCCUCAUGUACCUCUGCUCUCCGGAGGGCUCCAUCUUCAACCCCCAGCACCGGGCGCUGUGGCAGGACAUGAACCAGCCACUCUGCCACUACUUCAUCUCCUCCUCCCACAACACCUACCUGAUAGAGGAUCAGCUGCGGGGUCAGAGCAGCAUCGAGGGCUACAUCAGGGCUCUGAAACGGGGCUGCCGGUGCCUGGAAGUGGAUUGCUGGGACGGGCCGAAUGGGGAGCCCAUGGUGUACCACGGCCACACCUUCACCUCCAAGAUCCCCUUCCGGGAGGUAGUGAGCACCCUGGGGAAGUACGCUUUCAAGGCCUCGGACUACCCGGUGAUCCUGUCCCUGGAGAACCACUGCAGCAUGGAGCAGCAGGAGGUCCUGGCACAGCAGCUCAAGGACAUCCUGGGGGAACAGCUCCUCACCACCACCAUCGACGGGCAUGUCCCCAGCCAUCUGCCAUCCCCAGAGGAGCUGAAGCACAAGAUCCUGCUGAAGGGAAAGAAGAUCGGGCGGCUGGAGGACACGCUGGACGGGCCAGGGGAUGAGGUGCCUGAUGUGUCUGACGACGACAAUGGGGCAGAGGCAGAGGAAGAGAGGCGGAGGGCAAAGAAGGACAAGGAGACCCUGGCACAAGCAUUGUCUGACUGCGUCAUCUACUGCAAGAAUGUGUCCUUCCGGGGCUUCCAAGAGGCCCGCAGUCAUUCCCGGCCCUCUGAGAUCUCCUCCCUCUCUGAGGCCAAGGCCAGGAAGCUCAUCCGGGAUGCAGGAAAUGAGUUUGUCCGCCACAAUGCCUGGCAGCUGACACGCAUCUACCCCAGUGGGAUGCGGACUGAUUCCUCCAACUACAGCCCCCAGGAGAUGUGGAACGCUGGGUGCCAGAUCGUGGCCCUGAACUUCCAGACAGCCGGCACGGAGAUGGACCUGUGCGAUGGCCUCUUCAGCCAGAACGGCUGCUGUGGCUACGUGCUCAAACCACCCUUCAUGAGGGAUGAGGAGACUCUCUUCAACCCCAGUGACCCCAGCAGCCGGGAAGGCCCUGGCCCCAUCACCCUGACGAUCCAGGUGAUCAGCGGGCAGCAGCUCCCCAAAGUGGCCAACAGCAAGGAUGGAGCCAUCAUCGACCCACUUGUGCGCGUGGAGAUCCAUGGGGUCCCUGCGGACCAGGCACACCAGGAGACAAAGUACAUUGAGAACAAUGGGUUUAACCCCCGCUGGGAUGAGACACUACAGUUCCAGCUCCAUGUGCCUGAGCUGGCCCUGGUCCGCUUUGUGGUGGAGGAUUAUGACAAGACUUCCAGGAAUGAUUUUGUGGGCCAGUUCACCCUAGCCUUUGCCAACAUCAAACCUGGAUACCGCCACAUCCAUCUCCUCUCCAAGGACGGCACGAGCAUCCCACCCUCUUCUCUCUUUGUCCAUAUCCGCAUCACCGAGCCACCUGACCCCGAACAGGACUGAGCUCACGGGGUGAGCAGCACCCAGAUGGAAGCCAUACAGGCGGCCCUGAGUGGCUGGGGCCGCAGAGCCAACCACCUUGCCCUCUUGUUGAGCUGUUUCGUGUCAUCCCUGUGUUGUUGCUGCUGUGACCCCCUUUGCAGUAGCCUCUGAGGACUGGGAAAAAGCACUGACCUGCCCUUUCCAGGUUCGGGAUGCUGUCCCCCAUGCCUAAGCAUGAGGUCUAUGUUGGUGCAGCUCCCUGAAUCCCCCCAGGCACCCUGCCCUGGCCUAAGGUCACAGCUUGGCCAUGGGGAGGAGGAGAGAUGGUGCAUGGCCUGGCUUUGCUGCAGGGGCUGGUCCCCCACCAGGCAGGGGAGCAAGGCUGGAGCCAAGCAAACCCCGAGGCUGGGCAGAGCUGUGAGAGGAGUUGGUCCUCACUGCCCCUGAUCUUGUAGAGCCCCAUUACAGCCUCUGGCCCCUACAACCCCAGAUUAACCCUUGUCCCAUCCUUUCUCGGUAAGCAACCUAAUAAAUUGUUCAGUGACAGACAAGCUCAGGUCUGGGUGCAGUGGUGCUGGGGAGAGACAGGGAGCUGGGCUUGUGCUUGUGCUCUUCCUCUGUGGGCACCUGGCCCACUGUUC